UCUUCCAUUUCAGGAGAUGGGCAGUGAGUCAUUGUGGAAGCAAGGCAGCUUCCUUCUAAUAUAAUCUGUGUAGACGAUAUAACUUGGUAUAUGUGGGGAAAUCUUUCUGAUAUCAAAAGAGACGCUCCAAAAGAUUUCCUCUGAUUCCACGAGAUCUGAGAUUGCUUGGUUUGCUACAGAUGAAUGACUUCUAAGCAUGCUGAAGUAAAGCUAUUUUAAAUCGGGACCGGAGCAUUUUUUCAGCACUGUGAUGCAACUGGUGUUGCUAUUGGUGAACGCUGAAUUUAGUAAAGAUGAAACAGACUUUGGUCUAAGAGUCACUGGGAAUAGGUGUCAGAAGAUAGUGAGUUCCUAUUAUUGGAAACAUUCAAGCAGAAGCUGGAUAACCGUUCACUGGUAAUGUUGCAAUGCCCCUUGGUAGGAGAUUUGACAAAUGGUCUCUGGCUUUUUUUCCACCUCCAAGGUUCUAUGACGAUGACAGUAAGGCACAUUUAUAAAGUGCACUGAUCCAAGUGUAGAAAGGCACAGUCUCCUUACUAGAGACUGCAACACUGAAAUUCUGGGUCUCCUGGGGAGGCUGAGUUUUAGGAUUGAAGGAGUCAGUGAAGAAAGUCUGUCCUCAAAACACCCCGCCUUACCCUAAUCAAGGCAAAGUCUGCUGACUCCAGCUGGUUCCAGUUAGCCUGUAGGAAUACAGACAGAUCCAGGCUGUAGGAAUGAACCGGCUCUUUCUAAGUGGCCUGGAGCAGCCUCAGAAUGUCCUCCCAGAACAUUGAGUACUGCUCUCAGUACCUGCAGCUUCUCUAUGAGCCGGUUCCUUCCUAGGUCCCUGGGACCCAGUUCCCCACUUCUGCCUUUCAUGGGCCUGGGACCCUCAGGUCCCCGGAGCUGGAAGGCAUGAAUGCCUCAAAACGACUUUUGACCAAAAAAACCAACUCAAAAUUUGACCAGCAAGGGACAGCCUCUUCCUGAAAUCCCCCGCUCACUUCAAUACAGGAAGUAGAAAUAACUGAGACUGAAAAGGCAGGUCUCAAAGGCUCUUCCCCACUUCGCAGGUCUGCCCUCGGGCUGCUUGGGCCCCGGGACUGGGCGGAGGAAACCGAGAAGGACGUGUCCAGAGAGUGAAGCUUGGGCCCUCCCUGAAAAGGAGAAAAAGGGGGAGGGUGCGGGGAGGAAGGGGGAGAAGGAUGCGGACCCCUUUUCUGGGGAAGCCUAGGGGCCGUUGCCUGCAGGCGGGAUUCGGAAAGUCCUUCUGAAGUUUGAGCUGCCCCCAGUGACUUGGCAGGGAUGAUGAAACCGGCGGGGGACCGAGGAGUCGGGGACCACCCGGGUCCUUUUCCAAAUGUUGGACAAGGAGAGAAAGAAGAGAAAACAGAGGAGGAAGAGGAUGAAGACACUGAGCCACUUUGGUCAGCUGCUCUGAGGAAUCGCCUUCCCCGAGGAAUUAGUGUUCUAGAAAAACUUAUUGCAACCUGCCCGGUCUGGCUGCAGUUGGACAUGGACAGGGACAAGGCAACUCAGAUCCUCCAAGGCCAAACAACUGGGAUCUUCUUGGUCCGCCGGACGAGUAAUCACAAACACAUGAUCCUCUCAGUCCAUUUCCCUUCCCUGAAUGAGAGUGUUUCAGAUGUGCUGGAAUACAACAUUAAAGAAGAAAAGUCAAUCCUGUACCUGGAAGGAUCGGUUCUCGUAUUUGAGGAUAUCUUCAAAUUGAUAGCUUUCUACUGUGUCAGUAGAGAUUUGCUGCCCUUCACCUUAAGACUGCCUCAGGCGAUUUUGGAAGCCAACAACUUUAAAGAGCUGGAAACCAUCUCUAACCUGGGGCUAGGUUUCUGGGACUCGUCUCUAAAUCCUCGGAAAAGGAAAGAUACCCCGGGUCUGCUCCCGAAGGACUCCGCUCUGGCCACACCCCUUGCCACCAGCCUCAGAUCCCCCUCGUGUUACGCAAACUGCUCGUGUGAAAUUGAGUUGUCGAUAGGAAAUGACAGAUUGUGGUUUGUGAAUCCUAUUUUUAUAGAGGACUGUAGCAGUUCACUAUCUUCAGAUGAACCCCUGCUUCAGAACAGUCAGACCAGUUUGGAUCCCCCUGUUGUUAGCUCGUCUGCUUCUACAAGAGUUCCUAGAAGGCGGCCACCCCCUCCUCCUCUUCCUCCUCCUCCUCUUUCUUCUGCACCUGCUGCUGCUGCUGUUGGCCCCUCUCCUGCCCUCACUGUCUCCGCUGCUGCUGUUGUCCCCCCUUUUCCACCUCCCUCCACUGUCUCUGCUGCUGCUGCUGUUCCCCUCUCUCCUGCCCCCACUGUACCUGCUGCUGCUGCUGCUGCUGCUGCUGUCCCCCCUUCUCCUCUUCCCCUCACUGUCUCUGCUGCUGCUGCCAUCCCCCUCUCUCCUGAAGCUCCCCCUGUCUCUGUUGUAACUGCUCCUCCUUCCACUACUGUCUCUGCUGUAAUUACUCCCCUCUCUCCUUCUGCUCUCCCUGUCUCUGCUGCUACUCCCCUCUCUCCUUCUGCUCCCUCUGUCUCUGCUGCUGCUCCCCUCUCUCCUCCUGCUCCCCCUGUCUCUUCUUCUGCUACUGAUGCUCCCCUCUCUGCUCUUGCUCCCACUGUCUCUGCUGCUGCUGCCCAUGCCCCCCUCUCUCUUAGGGAAUCUUCUCUUUCACCAGUUCCUUCACCCUGCCUUCCAAUUUGUAUAUCCUCUGCACCUCCUGCAGAACUUCCUGGAAAGUCUGGCCAGCAGCCCUUGACUCCCUAUGCAAAGGUCCCGCCCCGUCCUGUAAACCUAAGACAUAUUGGUGAAGACCAUAAAAAGGAGACUGUGGUGUCCAACUCAUCCCCACAGCUCCUGGCAUCCAAAAAGGGCACCCGGCCAGCUAUCCCCCCCAGAAGGAGGCUCUCAGAGAGGAUUUCAUCAGAAGACAACAGCAUGGUGAAGACUGAUGGGGCUGAAGGAGUGAGAGGGCAAGAGGAACAGCAGGGUAAUCCCAGGACCUUCUCCAAAAGCCCUCCAACCCAAAAAGCACCAGCUGUUCCCAGAAGAGCUAUGGAACAGGUCGUACAGGUGGAGGAACCUGCCCAAGUAGGUAGUAUAGGGAAUGGCCCUGAGCAACCCAAAAAAACUAAACAACCUCCCAUUCCACCACCAAGGAAGAAGCGGAUUUCUCGGCAGCUUGCUUCCUACCUCCCCAGCCAACUGGAGAAUCCUGAACUCAUAGGGGAACAGCCACCUGGGCAACCCAUCCCAAGUCUUUCUAUAACCAGCUCCCCUGCCCAAGAAGGCCCUACUACCCACUCAGUGAUUCAGGGGGAAGCCAAAAGCAUCCCCCAAUCCUUGGGUUCCUCAGAGUUCACAGGCUCCAUAGCUUCACUGGCUGACAGCCUGGGGACACCCACCCUCACCCCAGACCAGGACUCCUACUCAACCAGCAGCACAGAGGAUGACCCGGACCAGUACAGCAACCCCAGUGUAAAGAAGAAGUCCUCUGUGAUCCUGGGCAAGGCCAAACACCGACUGUCUUUUGUCAGCUUCUCCAAUGUUUUCAAUGCCUUCCUUUCCAGCAACCGUAAGCUACAAAAGAAAGUGGUGGAGCUGGCCCAGGACAAGGACACAUACUUUGGCAACCUGGUCCAGGAUUAUAAAGUGUACAGUUUGGAGAUGAUGGCAAAACAGAGCUCCAGCACAGAAAUGCUCCAAGAAAUCCGAAUGAUGAUGACCCAGCUGAAGAGUUACCUGCUGCAGAGCACUGAGCUCAAGUCUUUGGUCGACCUCACUCUUCAUUCAGAGGAAGAACUCGAAGCCAUUGUAGAGUCUGCCUUAUAUAAAUGUGUGCUGAAACCCCUGAAAGAGGCCAUUAAUUCACACCUCCAACAGAUCCACUCUAAGGAUGGAACCCUCCAGCUCCUAAAGGGAAAUCAGUUAGUCAUCUUGGCUACUACCACCACUGAUCUGGGUGUGACCACCAGUGUGCCAGAAGUUUCUGUCAUGGAGAAGAUCCUUCACAAAUUCACUAGCAUGCACAAGGCCUAUUCCCCUGAGAAGAAGAUUGCCAUCUUGCUCAAAUCCUGCAAACUCAUUUAUGACUCCAUGGCCUUAGGGAACCCAGGGAAACCCUAUGGAGCUGAUGAUUUUCUUCCAGUCCUCAUGUAUGUCCUGGCCCGUAGCAACCUGACAGAAAUGCUUCUCAAUGUUGAAUACAUGAUGGAACUCAUGGACCCAGCCCUGCAGUUGGGGGAAGGUUCCUACUAUCUCACCACGACCUAUGGGGCCCUGGAACAUAUCAAGAACUAUGACAAGAUCACUGUUACAAGGCAGCUGAGUGUGGAGGUACAGGAUUCCAUCCACCGCUGGGAACGUCGCCGGACCCUUAACAAGGCCCGAGCCUCUCGUUCAUCCGUGCAGGACUUCAUCUGCAUCUCCUUCCUGGAGCCGGACAACCAAGCCCGGACACUGGCAUCCAAGUCGGACACUUUGGCUGAGCAGUUGAGAGCCCAAUGUGCGGAGAAAUUCGAGGUGGCCCAGCCCCAAGACCACAGACUCUUUGUCCUGGUGGAUGGCAAGUGCUUCCAGCUGGCAGAUGAUUCCCUUCCCCAUCACAUCAAGGCCUACCUACUAAAGAGUGAACCCAAGAGGGAUUUCCAUUUUAUUUAUAAAGCAAUGGACAGCGGAGAGAGCCAGCCACCCAUUGUGAAGGAGCCAAAUUUUCUCUAAAAGCCAGGCUGUUCUCACCCAUGAAGGCAGAGGUGUGCUCAUGGUGUUUACAGUGUGGGAUUCAGGCUUCACAUUUGGAUCUCACUGAUAUGCAGUAUUUAUCCCAAGAUCCUCCCUCCUACUAUUAGAGGAAAAUCAUUGUGGACUAGGGCAAUCGUGUGUACGCACAUACACAUACACAAGAGCCUUCAGAGCUUGGAAUCAUGGACUGCGUCUCAUGGUAUAUUAAAAGCAUCCAGUCCAACCUCCCUUAUUUUAAAAAUGAAGAAAUGGCGCUCCAGAGAUGGGAAAUGUUUUGCCCAAUCAGGAAUCACACAGCUAGGGAGAAAUAAAACUGGGACUUUUCAAACUUAGGUCUCCUGUUUUGGACCCCAGGGCCCUCUCCACUAUGGCUCCUUCCUGGUACCUAAAACCUUUUCCAGAGAAAAGCUCACUGGGGAAAUUAUCCCAAAAUUGUAUUAAACAGAACUAUCUGACCUUGGGGGAAGGAGAGAGGAGGAAGGAGGGAUGCUACAACUCUGUGGGCUUGCAGUCAACCAAGUCCUGCUUCAAGACCAACAGGGCAAUUGCAAUUGGCCAAGUGUGUAUCCCUGUCUUGGGGUCUCCAUAAACCAAUUCUUUUGAAGUAGGACCCCAAUGUUAUGGUUCAUGAAGACUAUCCAGGGGUGGGUUAGCACUUGAAUCUCUAAAUGUCCUGUGCAGUGAGAAGGGAUAGGUUUCAGAAAUCCCUCUGACACUGUAGCAGGCUGUAGGAUUGCUCAGGACUUCCAUGGGAGACAGAAGGGGAGACUUUGCCACCGAACUUCAGCUGGACACCUCUGGGGUCAGAGGAAAGGGAAGUUCCAUUCCCUUCAAUCCCACUGUCCUCAGGAAUGUUUACCUUGUCACGAUGAAGAAUGGAGUCCCCAAUUAUCCUUCUCAACUGAAGGGAAAACUGACAGGAACACAGAUUAACAAGGGAGGUAGAGAUGCAAUGAAUAGGGGGCAUUAUGUAAGUGUAAAGGACUUUGGGGAGAUCAAUAAACAUAAUUUUAAAACUGG